UUGCCAUGGAAAGCACGGAGGAAUCGGAGGUGGAUAUAGACAUGCUCCUCAAUGACCUGGAGUAUCUUCCUGGUCACUUCCACCUAGAGAUGAACCUGAAAUUUGAGCCCAGCUCCCCUGUGAAUUUGAGAGAGAGAGAUAUGAAGCUCAAGAAAGAGAGCCUCAUAUCUGAGCUGGAGUUUGAGGCUGGCGCCUUGCAGUAUGCCAUCAGGAACCUCCUUGGGGUCUUCUCUUUCCACCUGGAGGAGACAGAGUCAGCCAAGGAGAUUUUCCUCGGCAUCACCCAGGAGGACCCUGGCAAUCUCAAUGCCUGGGCCAACCUGGCCUAUGUGUACGACCGGCUAAGCAGUGAGGAAGAAGAGGCAGAAUGCGCUGAGAAACUCUCCCACCUCAUGGGCCUGGCCUCCACAGAUGCGUGCCAGGGGGAUGCCAGUCUGCGAGCAGCCCGCUGCUUGGCAGAGCAGGGCUAUGCCUAUGCCUUCGAUGUGGGGCUCGUCAGCGAUGAAGACAGGAUACAGAAACUGACCUCUGGCAUCCUGCUGUAUGACAAGGCUCUGACUUACGGGCAGCAGAUCCCUUUAGAGGAGAAAAGAAGCUGGUACUUCACCAUGGCCACCCUGUACAUCAGGCGAGAUGGGAUCCUGAUGAACCAGGAGAAUGACGAGCAGAAGAGGCUGCCUGCCUACAACAGGACCAUGGGCUUGCUUCGACAAGUCAUCAAGUCCCCCAGUUCUCACCACCGAGCUCUGGCCUGGUGCUACCUUGGGAUGCUGCUGGAAAAGAAAGAAACCUUUUCAACCACUCCCAUGGGUAUCCAUGACUGUGGCUACUCUGGGGCCGAUCCUCUUGACUGCUUUGGCAAGGCGAUAGAAAUAGCAAAAGACAAUCUGGCCACACUAAACCUUCUGGCAAAGAUCUUCCACUUCAGGGGCAAGCAAGAAAUGGCCAUGGGGAUCUGCAACAUGGCACUAGAUGUUGUUCAAGAUCCAGAGCUCAACUGGCAGGCAUACUGCACGCGGGCCAAGAUCCACCUUAAGCUCUAUCUGCAAGACCUGGAAUGUGCAAAGUUGGGUUUGGGAGGAAUGCCAGACAGGAAACAUCUCACCAGUGCUAAAAAGGAUCUGGAAAGUGUGGUACAGGUGUGCCCGUGCCUGAAACUAUACCUUGACAUUGGCCAGGUCUAUUAUUACAUGGGUGUGGAUGCCAUACAGGAGCUGUUCCCAGUGGAUGAAAAUGCACUGAACAACGCACUGGUAUUCCUCUCUAAAGCCAUGGAGUUUGACCUGGGGGAUGUGUUACCCGGAAUACAGCUGCUCCGAGGGAAAUGCUUGAGGCUUAAAAAUGAAGAGUCAAAUGCCAUUAAGUGCUUCAAGCGAGCAAUAGAACUGGACGAUGUGGGCUCAGCUAACACAGAGAGCUUCCGGUGCCUGAUGGAGACGCUCCUCAUGCUGUUUGGUCAGAAGCAGGUGAAUGCUGAGAUGCUGAUGCAGGAGGUGGAGCUGUGGGUAAAGAAGGCUGAGGAGAAGUACCUGAAGCGGUGUGUCCAACAGGAGCUGAGGCUGGUCUGGCGAAACCACAUGGCCGAGGUGAUUGAACUCGCCAAAGCAAUGGUCGCCAGGGGGAAAACGAAACUGGUGAAGCUGCUGUUAGAGACAAUACAGAUGGACUCUUACAAGGCCAAACUGAAUGAGCGGUCAAACUCCUUUUGAAUGGCUGCUGUUGACAUUGGACCCUGCAGCACAAUGGCCACCUCUUAGUGCCCACCCAGACGUUUUCCAUUCCCCAGGACCCUCUAAAAGGAGGAGUCGGCAAACAUUAAAUACUUAACUUGGA